GUACAGUGUUUAGUUGUUUAGAAAAACCUACUACGGAAAUCAUGGAGUUCGACCUCUGUGAGCGGCAGCAAGCAGCUCUCAACACCACCCAUUCUCUUAAUAAAUGAUGAAAGUGUUGCUCAAGAACUCAUGUUUGGUGUGAAGGGUGGUGAUAUAACCUCUGGUCAUGAGUGGUGUGACUUAAAUAAUGACACCCUGUCUGUACCUGGUGGUCGACCUGACUGUUCCUUAGCUCAUUCAUCUUGUGACUCUAAUACUUGUUAUGAAUUGUGUAAGAUCAAAUUAUUGUGUAAACCAGAGGAAAACAAUUCAAAGCGACCUCUGAGUGAUGCUCUCCCUCCUGUACUCAACAAGCACAAUUCGCCUGAGUUUUGUGUUUCUGGUCAAGAGAACAGUAAUGGCAAUGUGGUCUGUGUUCUGAACCCUAAAAGUGAAUUGUGCCCCCCAGAAGAAGGAGAUGGGGGACACAUGUCUGAACCAUGUAGCUCCAGCUCCCCUCAGGGCGCAGUGAAUGCUGAGGCUGAGAUCUGGGCCUCCGAUACUGUCUCUAAUGAUCAUGUUUUACCUUCAGUUUGUGUAAAUUUGGAAUCAUGCUCUUUUGUUUCUUCUAAAUCAUUUCAGGAUGGGGUGUUGGUUGGGAGUACUACUGACUUAGUGAGCUCACAGUCUGCACCACCACUGGCAGCCACAGGUCUUUUAAACACAGUGUCAGCUGCACCUCCCUUCAUAGGUGACUCAGAGUCUCUGUCUAAGUCAGCUUCUGGUGGGGGGCUAGCUGGGGAAUGCAGGACUGAGACUGCUAAAUAUCAGGCCGAGCCCCAUGAUUCCUGUCAGUCAGAGCAUAAUGAGGCUUCAAUCCCCUCUGACAGCGUCACUUUUGAGUUGUUAGUGACUAAUGUGGUUACUGUUAAAGCUAAUGGCUCUGUCAAACCAAUCACAGAAGAGUUUAUUCAGACUCUUGGCAUUAACCUAGUGCCAGCCUCCCCAUCCGAAGUAAGUGUAACUGCUGUAGGUGUAGCCACAGACUCUAAUCAGGUUACAUGUCCACCACAUGACUGCAAAAUGAACGUGAAUGAGUCUUCUUUGACCAAUGGUGCCGAAUUGAUGGAUGUCCGGGAACCUAGCCAUGAACAGAUGAAUCACGUGUCUAUGAACAAUUCUGUUAUAAAUGCAGUUCGUGUGGCCGAACUAGCCCCUUUGGUGACUGAAACCCUGUCACAGGUGGAGACUGAAGACACGGGGCUCCAUAACUGCUCAGCCUGCAUCUACUACUGGAUGCCCUGGUGUGCCAGCCCUGCACCCCGCUGCAUCCCCGCAGCUGCACGCUACGUCAGCUGGAGGGCCCGAGGAGCCCGUCCAGCAACCUGCUUCGUCAGCUGCCCGUCCAGCCGCCACCCGCUCAACCACCUGCGGCCCCGCCGUCUGCUUCGCCUAUGCCGUCGCCUGGUCCAGCUCCGGUUUCUGCUUCCGCUCCGCCUGGUCCGGCUUCAGCUUUGCCUGGUCCUGCCUCGCCGCCAGCGCCUGCCAAGCUACGUUCACGACUGCGCUUUUGCCGGCCACUUUCCGGGCCACCGGCUGGAUGUCAUCGCUGGCAUGGGCGGCCCCCUGAACUCUUAA